AUGGCACGGAAUAAAUCAGCCAGCCUCCUCGGCCUCGCAACUCUUCUACUCCAAGUCAGCGCCUACAAGCUGAUCGCUUAUAAGGGGGAGAACUGCGGAGGUGAUGUCCAGCAGACCAUUGAAGACACCAUUUACGGCGACGUCUGUCACGUUUUCAAGGACAAGGCGGCAUCAGUGAAGGUAGAAGGCUCUGACGACGGCUAUCAAUGGGUUUUCUUCAACAACUAUUGCAGCAACAAAGCCCAGGUCGGUUCAUUUCUAGGCAAUAACUGCAUAACCAUGGGCGCAACAAAGAUCAAGGGAGUUGGUAAUAUCAUACCUGAAGGGUCCCCCAGCAAGCGAGCUUCUGCUGGCAUUGUUAAAACUUGGAAGAACAACGACUGCUCUGGAACCUUCUCUAAUGAAAAGCGAUUCGUCGGCGAAAACAUACCUGAGGCCCUGAACAACGUCGGAUCUAUCAUGGUGACAGAUGUCCCCGACGCCGACAUUACUUUCGCUUGCACCGACACGGACUGCCACGUCGAGAACCAAGUUACCACUCUGGAAAACGGCAAGUGUGCCAAUGUUGAAGGAAAGGGGGUAAAGUCUGCCAUGGUCAUUGGAGUGCCUACUCCUCCUGGCCGCCGCGAUACACUUCCAAAACACCGCUACACGCGAAACCUGAUACUAGAGGCGCGGGAGUUGGGAAGUCUUCAGACCCGCGACGGAGUCGAGUGCGACGCGAAUAACGGGGCUGACUACCAAGACGCUCUUAAGCUUGGUGACGACUAUCAAGGAAGCAACGGGCUAGCGUGCUGCUGCCAUAUCGCUGGCGGACCCAGCACGGAGUCCCAUGGCUCGGCCAAAGCAUCCAUUUCCGAUGACAUCCGGUGCCCUACUGACCCCAGUGGUCAGCCGCCGCCACCUAGUGCUUGUCCCAUGAACUGCAAUACGAUGAGGAGCAUCAUCUACGCCAUUGCGACUAAGUGCAAGACCGAUGAUGGCAAAACUGGCGGCUCCUAUAAGUUCGCCGGUGGCGAGGUCAAGCUUUUUCACAGCUAAAUGAUAUAUCGCAACUAUAUUUCCUUCUCCUGGUUACGAUGGCAAUGGGAAUUUUAUGAACGGAUACGCCUCAUUUCGCCGUUCAAUAUAGCAUUCAUCUUCCCCCUUGGAUAUGCACAUUUGUACUAGUAUAUAUUGUUAUCAGGUAGCCUGGAAUACAUGUUCUCUUAUAGCUUUCUCCUUCAGUUAGAAAUUCA